AUGAAGGCGACACUGGCACUAUUGAUUGCCGUCCUAGGUGUUAGCCAUACUGGCCUAGGCCACUACGUCUGGAGCGCCCUGAUUCUGGAUGGGGAGAGAACCGCUGACUACAAAUAUGUUCGAAAAGAUCAAAGGCCCCCGGGUGACGAGAACGUACCUGUUACUGAUAUAGAAUCGUCGGACAUUCGCUGCAAUUAUGGUGGCACGUCCACAGGAACUUCUGUUGAUAUCGCUAACGUCACAGCUGGAUCAACGGUAUGGGAGCAUGAAAACAUCUACCAUCCUGGGCCUAUUAUGGUUUAUAUGUCUAAGGCUGACGGAAACGUUAAGUCCUACGAUGGAAGUAGAGACUGGUUCAAGAUUGCUGAGCUUGGAGGUGAACCGGAGUGUCCAGAAGCUAACGUGGCAGGCCUUACGAGUCAAUUCUUAUUUGACCCCUAUCUAAGAAUCACUAAGCGCCACUCCCACGCGAUCAAAUGGCCUGCCCUAGGAAAGACCGAAUUCCAUUUUACAAUCCCUUCUAAGACGCCAUCCGGUCAAUAUCUACUCCGUAUUGAACAAGUCGGCCUGCACAGGGCUCAAGAAAUACGUGGAGCCGAAUUUUUUAUUUCUUGUGCCCACAUCAACGUUAUAGAAGGCGGCAGUGGCCAUCCCAUGCCAAUGGUAGAAUUCGCUGGGGCUUACGACUGGACAGAUCCAGGCCUUUUAGUGAACAUCUACGAUACCUCGUGCUACGCUCUCCCAGGGCCGCCCGUCUGGGAAGGAAAUAAGGCCUCAAUCGACUAA